AUGUCGCCAAACAGGCCAUCCGACCACUCUGCACAGCACGACGUCUGGAUAGACAACAGCGGGUACCCUCUGAUCGUGGACAUGAUCGCACAGCACUGCGACGGCCCGACCCAAGCGGCCUUCAGCGCGACGACCAAGGCGCGUCGCGCCAGGCUCGCCGAGCUGCUGCACCACGCCAACGUCGUAUCUGAUGGCAACGGCGGUGCAGAGCUGGUGUGCGCCGGCACCGUUGCCCGACGGGAAACGGACCCAGCGUGCCUCCCACUCGUCCCACACAUGAUACACAUCCUUGACCUCGACGACGGGUACUGGGACGACUAUGUCCAGGGGAUCCAGGGGGCGCCAUCACCCACCUUUCCCACCGGCGGGCUCACGUCCCUCCGAUUGCUCCGCCGUAUGGGAUCGGCUGCGGGUCUGCACAGAUCCAACACUGGCCGGCGGUUCGCCACCCUGCCCAGGGUCCCCACCCUGGUCGACUAUAUCGACAUCAACGGCACCUCGUUCCUCUCGGAGCAGGACAACGCUCGCAUCGAACUCCAGGCCUGCUUGGACAGGUACAUCCUCCACCUACGCUGGGAUGCGACGCGCCCACUCCCACCCAAGUUUGACGACAUCCGCUUCAACCGUCGCGGUACCGUGCGCCAGGUCUUCGUUGUGCUCCACCCACACUCUGGCCGAACCGGCGAGGUCGUAUCCGCCAAAUCGGCUGCCACCGUCGUCGGCCACUUCUUAAAGUCAUACUUCUUCCCAUAUCCGCAUCAUGUUCCUCCCACAACGUUCCACCUAAUCGGGCUCGAGCAGACGGAUAUCGGGCCCCUCGUGAACAUUGACUGCAUGCCCGGGUGCAAUCAUGACAGCUGCGCCUGUCAGCAUGUCUCCAUGAGGUUGUACCUGACUUUUGUGGACGUCAUGUUGGAAGCUUACACGACUGCCCUUCGUGGUGUGGCCCUCGGUGACAUCCCACAGAAUACCGAAAUCGAGCUCGACAUUACCUAUGACACACAGGAUCGAUGGCGCGAGGGGAUAGGUGCAGACGAAGCUGUCGUCGGUCACUGGGUUCACCCUCGCGGGGAUGCUAAGACGCUCGACCACACGGCAUACCCGUACAUCAUCGACCUGAUCCUCCACCGCUGCGACGCCCCAACCCAAGCAGCGUUUAGCGCCACCGCCAAGGCAUACCGUACUCGUCUGGCCAAGCUUGUGCAACACGUCAACGCCAUUUACGACGAUGGUCAAGUCCGUUUCGACUACCCCCGAGCCACUACCCCGCGCCUCACCGACCCACUCCACCUGCCAUUUAUCGCCCCACUGGUCCGCACACUCGACCUUGACGACGCCAUGUGGUACAACAACUACGUGGCCGACCCAGAGGCGGAAUACAAUGGCUCAGGUGUCAAACGGACGGUGAGCAGCAGCACACCCCCGUUACUCGUUGUCGUGCGCCGCAUGGGAUCGGCCGUCGGCGUUCCGAACGACUUCAUUCGGCGCCAUUUCCCCAACAUUCCCAAGGCGAAGUCGCUGGUCGACUACGUGGACGUCAAUGGCACUUCACGCAUCUGGGACAGCAACGACGAAAAUGGGCCGCUCAUUGAUCUGAGUUUCAUCAAGGACAUGUAUAUUCUCCACCUUCGCUGGGACGUCUCGACCCCUAUGCCCGCUCGACUCUCCAACGUGCGGUUUACCGACUGCUCACACGUGAAAUGCAUGCUCUUCGUGCUCCACCCUCACUCGACACUCCCCGACUACCAAGAUUGGCAGGAAUCGGCCGCAAAUCUACUCGCCCUCGUUUUCAGCUCUCUCUACCAGGCGAUUCACAAUGAGGCAAACCCCAAACGGCUCGAGUUCAUCAUCAUCGGCCUCGAACAGACGGACCCCAAAUGGCGUAAUCGCUCACCCGCAAGCAGAUGCGACGAGGACUAUUCUGCCCAGUAUCAACCCUUUGUUUCGCUGCUGAGGCACGCAUGGGACAUUCUUCCGAUCCCUCCCCAUUGCGGGCGUGAUCUGUACUUCAAAUUUGGGAGUCUCGCACAAUUCCACGCGGUAUUGCCCAAGGAUAAGGUUCUCGCGGGACAGUGGGUCCAACCCCAUGAGGAGGCAAAGACUGUGAGGCGGACUCGAUUCCACUAG